ACGCCGAUUCUUGACUUUGAACCACCACCAUGUUGCCGCUCCCUUUCCCUGAUCCUCCCACUAUGUCCAGCCUUUCCGACGCUCGCAGCAGCCUGGAGACGUCCAUACAGUCCCAGGAGGCUCUCGCAACCGAAAUAUCCGACGCGGAAGCGAAUCUUGCCAAAGUAAUUCAAGAGGCUCAGUGUCGCAUCGACGCCCUACGGCGCGAAAAGACUCAGCUGGACGAACAAAUUAUCGCUACCCAGGCAUAUAUCUCACCGAUGAGACGUCUGCCGAUGGAACUUUUACGAGACGUUUUUUAUUGGUGCUUCGAGGACCACCCUUGCUGUGCAUGGGUUCUGGCGUCUGUCUGUGUGAACUGGAGGCGAUUGGCUUUGACAAUGCCCCGGAUAUGGGCCAAAAUACGCCUUGUCACAACUCCUACCUCCUCUCCAGAAACCAUUAGACUUUGGCUCGAACGAUCAGGAUCAUCAGUGCCUUUGGACAUUGAGAUAUACCUCCAUGUUGCAAAAGGUAGCAAUGAUGUCCCAACUAGUAGCCGUCGGAGGCGACGGUCCUCUUCACCUCCGACAUCGUUCCUAUACCCAGUGUCAUUUCCAUCUUCAGGACCUUCAUACGUGAUAUCUCCUACAGGAGUGCUUCCGCCUGCGAACACUCCCAUCAUCAUACCCAUGUCUCCAUCAUCGCAUCACAGUCAUGAUGUUUGGGUGCCUUCAUCUCCACCGUCAUAUCCCAGCGAUCGUCCACGCGGCGAUAAGUCAGCUUGGGGUCGCGGUACACCAUGGGGGUUCGUAGCGGUCUACUACCUCGUCGAGCAAAUGCACCGUUGGGAGCGAUUUGUGUUCCGAUUCGACCGCCAAUUCCCUUCCAUGCUCGCCCUCAAAUCAAUUACAGGCGACGCUCCCUUGCUGAAGCACUUUGAAGUGUCAGCUGCGGAGUCUGUUUACUAUCCUGAUCACUGGGCGUGGCUUCCCAACACUCCAUCUACAAAGCAGGUGGUGCCCGUCUUAGACACUGUGACUCUACAAUACAUUCCCUUCAAGUGGUCUUCGCCUCUUUUCCAAAGCAACCUCCGAAACCUCAAUCUCCGCGCUCUACCUGCCUCACAGCACCCUCUGAACCAAAUUCUCCAUAUCCUUCAUGCAAAUCAGCAUUCCCUGGAGCGCGUUUCUCUUCACUUCCAAACAGUACUGCCUCCCAUCCUACCCCUCUCUCAGUUGACACUCCCCCAUCUGAAGGAGUUCAAUCUAGGAGGGCACUAUAUGCUCACGAACCUUGUCGAGUCCCUCGUUUUACCGGACCUCGAAGAGUUGAAUCUCGAUAUUGAAGCACGGGAGUCUAUCGAAGAAUACAUCCAAACUCUUCUCGCGAAGACGCCGUCAACCGCGAUGAACCUUAAACAUCUCGGAAUCGCAUAUGGUUACGGUACAGGACAUCAUGCGGAGGGGUCCAUUCCAGACACAGUAUCUGCAUCCUCGCCGCCGUUCUAUUAUGGCUCGGGAGGUGUGGUUGUGUCAUGGUUAUUCCUGAAUGAUCUUCCCCAUCUUGAAAGUCUCCGUGUGGGUGGUUCACAUCUAGAUGUACUCAUGGCAGGGCUUGGCAUGCCAGACGAGGAGAUGAUGACCGGCGCGGUGGCGAUUGGUGUGAUGGGGAGCACUGUCGUUGCAAACGCGUGGCUGUGUCCUAAGCUGAAGGAACUAGGGUUGAGGAGUUGUCAUGGGCAUGAGGGAUGGGCAAAGCUUGUUCAAGCCGUGGAAGGCCGAAAUCCCGACGGUGGUGCCACAGGGACUGUCGUCAAUGGUUUGUCACCUGUUAGGCUGAAGCGGCUCGAGUUGUACGAUAGCCAAGGCAUUGGAGGGGAUGUUAUCCAGUGGCUAGAGAAAAGAGUUGACGAAGUUGUUUGGACGGAGAGCGAAAGGUCAUCGCCUUCCAUGUCCCCAUUUGCCUAGAUACCUUCGGACUAUUUAUUUUUUGUAUUACUUGGGUCUUAGUGGUGAUCUAUCAGUAAGUAUUAAAAUGUAUCUGUACCUAUUAUACUUCAUCAAUUACAUUUAUUAAU